UUCCCUCGCGGAUGAUUGUGCCGGAGAUCCCGCCCGAAAUUGUCGAGCAAUUUCAGUUUCACGAGAUCACAGCCCCAGUGUGGAGUGGUGCGGAAUUUUUGCUUUUCACUCCGUGUGACCAACAAUAAAUCACGUUUUCAGGGUGACUCUCUUCGCAUAUAUAGAUCUAAAAAAAAGUGCAAAUAAGGUGGCUUUUGUGUAAAACAGGGAGUGCAGAAAAGGACGUGCCAAGGGGUGAAGUGUUGGGGUUAAAAUUAUCACAAAUGACCGGAAACGGAGUGGCUGGGGGACCUUCCUCCCCGUCGGAAUCAUCCACCUCAAAUAGAAUGUGCAAUUUUCCAUAUAGCACCGUAUUCGUGGCAUCCCUUGGAUACUUUAUCAUUGGAAAUUCGAUUGCAUGGUCGAGUCACGCCAUAUUUUUCCUUUUGAUGGUAAUUCCUCCACCAUUCUUCAUUCUAUCUGAAGAUCCGGACGUGAAGUUCUUCUAUGUAAUCGCUUCGCUGUCCUUUGUGGCUACGUUAAUCCCACUUGUGGUCUACAAAAUGCUAAAUGCAGUCAGUCUCAAGUCCUUCCUCAUUCUAGCCGCCUUCUUUGCCACCCUCUCGUGGGUUGUGCCAUUUGUGGGGGACUCAAUAGGAAUUCCUCCACUCUAUGGUGCUAUUGGUGGACGUCUAAUGGGUGGUGUAGCGGUGGGUGUUUUUCAUUUCCUUGUCCCCAUCUACCUGGAAGAUCUCAUGGCCAGUGGUUCAUGCAAGGACACGCGUCUUCUCAUCGAUAAUGUUCUCUGCACUCAAUUUGCCAUGGGUGUCCUCACACAGUAUGGAGCCGCAGGAUAUCUCCACAGUCGUACUGUAAUCGCCCUGCUAUCUCUCAUUCCGGCACUCCUCAUCACCAUUGGGCUAUUUUUCAUUCCUCAAUCGCCGAGGUAUUUGUGCAACGUGGGACGAAAUGGGGCAGCAAGGGACAUACUCAGGCAAUUCCGGGGGAUGCUGAGAUAUAGCGAAGAUACCAAACAGAUUGACGCCGAUAUUGAUUUCUGGUCCAGCAAGCAGGAUCAAAUUGCCUUUGGGACCAUUUUUGAGAAUGUCAACAGUAUAAAAUUGCUCUUUCCAACACUUGGGCUCAUUUUUUGGGAGCAGAUGAUUGGAAUUGUCGUCAUUUUCUUCUACUUGAUUCCAUGCCUUCAUCAUUUGUAUGAUGGAGAUACCGGAAUUGUGGAAACUCUCCUUGUAGCAUCGGGUUUCAUUGUUGGAACAAUUUUAGGAGCAUUCACGCGCUUUCGAAUUAACCCCAAAUACUUGCUUGUUUCAUGUGGAAUUAUAAUGGGAAUCCUGCUGAUUAUCAUUGGGAACAAUGAUCUCCUGCAGAGAAGUACAAAUCGUGCAAAAAGGAACUUUGGCUACAUCCCAGCGGUUUGUUUUGCAAUUUUUCUCCUCUUCUAUGCUUUUGGCUAUCGACGAAGUGUCUCAGUCUACCAACAUCAUCUCAUUGAGCGCAAAAAGCUCCUUCUUUGGCGUUCUCUCAGUGUUACCAUUGCCUGGGCAACGGUUACCUUUAUCGCAUGGAUUUUUGCCUACGGUUGGCCGGUUGUUGGACUUGGAUGGAUUCUCAUCUUUAUCGGCUGCAUAAGUCUCCUGGCAGUGGUAUUUAUUGUGGCAUGUGUUCCGUCUUCCAUUGAACGUGACCUAUCCCAUUCAGCAGAUCAAGUGGAAUCAAUAGACAACAUUCCUGGUGAUAGCAUGUUGUAGGGGCCAGUGAUGUGUGUAAGGUUAAAGUGAAAAGGCAUUUAAGUAAAUUAAGGCGACUUUAAUAUUCAAAUACUCAACAUCGAAUAUUAACAGUUUGCUGAACAAAAGUUUCACAUUGUCUCAAUGAUGACAGUGGAUGCUCUCAAAGAGAAUACACUUAUUAGAGGUUUUUGAUCAAAAAUUACAUCAUAGCUUUUGGAAUGAAGAUUAAGCUACCACGUAGACAGAGUUUUUUUUUUUUAAUAUGAAAGAUGCAAAAUCACUUUUUGCUUCAAAUUAUCAUCAACUUAUCCACUUUUACUUAAGGCAUAGAUCAUUUUUUACCCAUUUUUUCAAGUUAAUUCAACAAAGAUAGCUAAAUGAAUAUUUUCAAUCACUUUGAACAAUUUUUUUAAAACUUUUAGCAGCCUAUAUUAUGUAAUAUUUACUUAAGUUUUUCAUUUAUUUACCUUUUAGUUUUUUUUUAAUAUAUGUAUGUAUUUUAGGUAUCUUGACUUUUCUUUUCAUAGUAUGUACAUAAUAUUUCUUUUGAAAUCCUAAAAAUAUAAUUUUAGUUUACUAAACAUUACUUGUCUGCCAUAUUUUCUUUUCUAAAUCUUAUGUACUUCAAUUUACAAACACUAUAUAUCUUACUAUUAUAUUUUUUUAUUAUAUUUUUUUUUACAAGUGUUUUAAUGUAAAUUUGAAAUUAGCCUUAAAAUCUCUCUUUAUAUAAACCACAUGGAUUUUUUGUAUUUCCCUCAAAAUAUGAAACACUUUUAAAUAAUACCUAUAAGUUUUUCUUUUAUAUAUAUAUUUUUUAUAGUAGGUAAUAGUAGGUAGUUUUCCAUGAUUCUCAUCAUCUAAUGUUUCAAAUAUUUUAUAAAAGAAAAUUGUAAAAAUAUGAUAUUUUUUUAAUAAAAAUUUUUGAAAAAAAAAA